AUGUUUAAUGCAAACGGAACAUUCGAUAUCUAUGAAGAUACAGAAAUUACCAUCAGCAAUCUUUCGGAGCUGGCAACAUUCACGGACAUUCCAAAGAGUCGCCGUGGCUACCAACUGACUGUAAGAUCGUGUAGCCGGGUCUUCGUUAGUCGAAAAUGCGACAGAGAAGAGACCUGGAGGGUGCCCGUUGAACGCCAGAAGAUUAAGAAUGGGCUUCGAUUUGAGUUGGAAACAACCGCAAAUCUGCGUCUAGACAUGGAAUGUCUACCGACAUUGGUGGAGGAGGAGGACGCAGCAGCCGUAGUAGUGGUGGUGGCCGGCGCAUUCAGGUGCUCAGGCGGUCACGAGACUCGGAGGGCGUGA